AGAGAACCUACCGAGGGUGUCUCUCGCGUUCGCGCUGGUUCGCGCUCAGUGUCCUCGGUGUCGGAAUAACAGGUGGAUUUGUUUGAGCGGCCGAAAAUCACGGCCACGAGUGUUGCGCGUUUUGGUGUUUGUUUGUUUUUUAUCGUUGUGUGGAAACGUCAAUCACUGUAACAGAUCGUCGUAUCGCGCUACCAGGCGAUUCUCAAUCGGGAUCUCAAUCUUCAAAUUAUUGCGGCGCAAUGAGGAACUCGACUCUGUUAAAAUGGGCUCAAAAUUCGACGAACAACAAGAAUCAACAAUCAAGCAAAAACGGAGGAACAAAUAGAAACUGGAUACACCCACCGGACGCGUUACAAAAAGGCCACAUCGCCUACCUAGUCAAGUAUUUGGGGAGCACCGAGGUCGAUCAGUCGAAAGGAAUCGAAGUUGUCAAAGAGGCGAUAUGCAAACUCAAGUUUACCCAACAAUUGCGCAAGAGCGAGGGAACGAAAACUCCGAAAGUCGAACUCACGAUAAGUAUCGACGGUGUGGCGAUACAGGAACCAAAAACCAAGACUACUCCAAAGCGAAUCAUGCAUCAAUAUCCGCUGCAUCGGAUAUCGUACUGCGCCGAUGACAAAGGAGAAAAGAAAUUUUUCAGUUUCAUAGCCAAGGAGGAGGACGCGGAGAGCCACACGUGCUUCGUAUUUGUCAGCGACAAACUCGCCGAGGAAAUAACGUUGACGAUCGGGCAAGCCUUCGGUCUCGCUUAUCGACGAUUUCUCGAAACAUCCGGCAAAGAUCUCGAGGCUCAGAGGCGGUCGAUGCUCUUGCAACAAAAAAUAUGGCGCCUCGAGCAUGAGAACAACGUUUUUCGACAGAGGCUUCAAGAUAUAUCGGCAAUAAAGGGAUCUGCCGACGUUUCGUCCUAUUUGGCGCAGCACAAUUUGCCGGACAUUCUUCACGUGCCUGGUAACCCUGGUAAUUCUGCCGGAAUCGCGGGCUCUGCGGCUCCUCCGACCGAUGAGGAAGCGCCUCCUCGAGUGAACGGUACCUCCGGUGGUAAACUCGGUGCGAAAAAUGGAAACGAUACGAACGGGAACAGCAGUCAACAACAACCACCACCUGUGCCGCCGAGGACUUUUGAAAAAUCUUUCGACGACGAUUUCAUGGGAAGCGAGUCCGCUCCUGCGACACCUUCCGUUGGUACGAAGCUCGAAGGAUUGCUGAUGGACGAAUUCGAGGAAGAUUUCAACCCCCGCGCUUAUGAGAGCGCUUCCAAUGGUUUUCCGACUCGUUCCUCCAACGCGAACAACUCUCAGCCCAUUAUUACCAAUGGUCAACCUCUGACCCCCGGAAAUCUGUUGCCACGAAGCAACGGAUCCAGCGCCGGUUCUCCUCCACCACUUUUGGCCCCACCGCCAAAGGCCAAGGAUUCGAGACGCCAAAACGGGGUCAUGAAGGAGGAUCUUUUCGGCAGUGUUCCCUUCAAUCCACCGACGAUGGGAAGCGAAACGACGACGAGUGGCUCCUCGUCACCGCCUUCAAACGCGAGCACCAAAACCAUCAAUAACCACUUUAACGAUCCGUUCGAAAUGGGAGAGUUUGGCAUGAACGUGCCUCAACUCUCGAGCCCGAGUCAACAGGAGCUCGAAAACGCGAUUGGAUUGUUGGACAAAAGGCUCCUGGAAAUGAAGGAUGGCUUCAGCAGAGGAUUGUCGAUGGGCACGGAUGAUUUCUCUCUCGAGAGUCUCGAUCCACUACGAAACUAAGAUCCAUCGUUCAACGCACAAAGAUGAAGCACCAAACGCGCAAAUCCAAAAAAAAAAAACAGAAAAUAUUCCAACGCACGCAAGAAGAGAGAGAGAGAGUGAGAGAGAGUGACCGAGCUGUCGCUCGGGUUGCACAGUAGGACCUUUCGCAAAGCAUUUUUGCUCGAGGAUUGUUGAUCGCAAUAAUAAUCCUCGGCAACUGAAAUUAGUCAAUUGCUCUAUUUCAAUAACUUCCCGGUCAAACGGAGAAACUACGCGUCAUGGCCUUUUGCGAUAAGUAGAAGAAAAAUCAGGCCUGCGCAUGAAACAAUCGUAUUAAAUUUUAAUAAUAUUCUUCUUAUGUAAUUUCACGAAAGUAGAUGAAAAAAUGAAUCUCGCAAGAUGCGAAUCGCUAUUAGACAUUUUUUUUCAAUCAAUUAAACGAAUCUGAACGGAAAAGAAAGCUUUUCCUAGCUUUGGCGGGUACAAAGAGAGUCUUCCAAGAGUUGAACUGAAUAUCACGCGCAACAAAUAGCUUCCAAAAUUCCAUUGCUUAAACGUUCAACGAAAAAUGUUGCAAUUACCAUUGCUCCAAAAAUUGAAUGAAUUUUGGUUCACGAACAUUCGGCUCUUGUCAUUUUCAAUGAAUACUUUCGCGACAUUUUUUUCUCAUCAAGUUGUUGGUUCAUAAUACAGCCCCGGUUUUAUCACACGUAUAAUCGUGAUAAGAAUUUCCACCCAUCGCGAUACAGCGUUCGAAGAACCAACUUUUCAUUUGGCACAAUCAAAAUUGAAUCUGAAACAAAAGGAAAUAGUCCCACCUCGAUCGAUCGAUAAUAAUAAUUUUGUAAAUAACGCUAUUCUAAUUCUCAUCAUUGUUGCUCUAUUUUUUAAGUAUUUUAUGCCUUAUUAUUUUUGGUUAGCAGUUUACAUCUAAAAAAAAGAAAAGGAAAAAAAAAACAAAACUCGUAACAGUUUUUCUCGGUUAUAUUCGUACAAUCUCGCAGGCUUUAUUACUAUUAUUUUAUUAUUCAAAUAUACGGCUAGAGCGAAAAUGAAUUUAAUAUUCCUAACGAACGAUAAUCGUUCAAUAAUCAUCAUGUAAAUACGUAAACAGGAAAUGAAAACAAUCUAAAUAUACGUCUAGUAAUAUAAUAUGUUGAAAUAAUUAUUAUCAUUGUUGCUUUAUUGUCUAAGAAUUUUAUUAAGAAUAUAUGAAUAUUGACGGACCUGGCGAAAA